AUGUUUCUCAAACCCAUUUUUGGAUUAUCCCGACCAAAACUUUACUCUUCAAUUAACAAACACAGUCGAUCUCUGAGACCAAGCAUCAAAAUUGGCAAAGACCGAUUUCAAUUGAGCAUAGACGUUCACCAUUUCAGGAAAGACGAAUUGAGCGUGAAAGCUCAUCCUGACUACGUGGUUAUUCAAGGCAAGCACGAGAAAGAUACUGAACAAGGGUACAUUCUGCGUCAGUUUAUAAGAAAAUUCAAACUCCCCGAUGGAUGCAUACCUUCGAAGAUUAAGUGUAAGAUAUCUCCCGAUGGUAUGAUGACCAUAACAGCUCCCAGAUCUUUCAAAGAUUCUUCUACCCCUGUUGAAAGUAUUACCGUUCCUAUAUGUUUUGGGCCUUCUGAAGUUAAGGAAGAGAAAGAAGAAUUUCCUAAGCCGCCACCAAAGAAGUAUAACAAUCCCUGUGAUGAUUUUGAACACGUGAAACCGAGGGAAAGAUAA